CCUCGCCUCUGGUGGCAAUAAUUUACAAGCCUACUAGUACUGGGUCAGGUACGGGUGGGAAAUUGAAGCCAGGCUGAGUGCCUUGGCAAGGCGGCGAUCCUCUUAUUCGUGGAUCCUUAAAAAAGGACCUGAUGACAUCGACUCUGCACGGCCCACGGACUCGUCGUCUUCCACCUUUUUUCUUUCGAUCCUCCACGACCUUUUUUCUUUCUAGCUGGAAGUGACAUUCCAACCUUUUCGUUGAUUCUAUAUCUCAGUGUAUACAGUGUGUAUCGCCGCUGACGUCGUUCGAUUACGCUCCCCCUUCCUCCCCUGAUUGCUCUCCUUGCGCAUCCCCGGUUCAACGGUUUUCGAAACAUCUCUUCUAUCUAUCAUGGAUCUGUGCAGUCGGCAAAAGGUGGUGCGGCGGAAGAUGGUGCUCUUAGGCGACGGUGCUUGCGGAAAGACCUCGGCUUUGAACGUGUUUACAAGAGGAUACUUCCCGACAGUCUAUGAGCCUACUGUUUUUGAAAACUACGUACACGAUAUCUUCGUCGAUAAUGUGCACAUGGAGCUGUCGCUCUGGGAUACGGCGGGCCAGGAAGAAUUCGACCGAUUGCGCGCUCUCUCCUACGAAGACACCCACGUUAUUAUGCUCUGCUUCAGCGUCGACAGCCCCGACUCCUUCGAAAACGUGGCCAGUAAAUGGGUCGACGAGAUCUCGGAAAACUGCCCCGGCGUCAAGAUGGUCCUCACAGCGCUAAAGUGCGACUUGAGAAAGGACGAGUUCCUCAACGACAACCCCAACGUCAUCACCUACGAGCAAGGGCUAGCCAAGGCGAAGGAAAUCGGCGCCGUCAAAUACCUGGAAUGCUCGGCCGUCCAGAACCGCGGGAUCAUGGAAACGUUCUACGAAGCCGCCAAAGUCGCCCUUGACGUCAAGGGCCCCGGAUCCAGUGGCUCCAAGGAGCGUUGUGUCAUCCUGUAGACACAUGACUACCUCGUCGGUGUCGCCCACCACUCACUUCCCCCUGCUCGUCUCGUUUCGGCCAUUUGCAUGCCACCAUAUACCCGUUUCCUUUCUGUUUAACCGUUGAUGCGGAGCUCUGCUUUGUAUGGUCUGGUUGUGUUGGACUUGAUAGUCUACUGCCUCUCACAGACUGCGUCUUCGGCGCCCCAGCCUGCUACGCUACGCCCGUCUUCGAUUCAUUUUCUUCCCUUCUUAUAUAUACCUUUUUCAUUUCCCCAGUGGUUUCUUGUAAUUCGUUUGUACCCUAGUCCAUGUGGUAUGUGGCUGUUUAUUUUGCAAGUUUUCAAGACGGGCUUUAGAUAUGCCCAUGUUUGUCAAUUCUAUCGUUUCACUUGUACAGCGGAGAUGCUGCGUGUUGUUUUAAGGCCCAAGAAAGGAGAACUAUGAAGAUGUACUACCUAUUUACCUACAAGCUAACGAUUCAAUCUAUCCGUCUAUUGAUCUCA